UUAACUAUGAAGUUAUUAUGUAACUGAAUGAAAAGUAGAGUAUGACGAUUAUUAGAGAGCCAAACAUGGAAUCAAAUCAGCAAUGUAUAGCCGGGUUGAAAAGAGAUUGGGCACGAAAGCCUGGAACAUUUCGCUCAAGAUGGCCACCGACGAAAUCCCUGUUGUGGACUUCAGUGCUUUGAGUCUAGAAAACAAAGAUCCUUUCAGCAAAAUAAGUAAAGACAUUGAAGAGCUUGCUGAUCAAGUUUAUCAAGCGUUUAGUACAAUUGGAUUUGUUUAUCUAAAAAACCAUGGUAUUCCCCAAGAAGUGAUUGACUCCGUUUUCAAGACGUUUGACAGGUUUUUUGAAUUAAACCAAGAUGUAAAGGAAAAGUACACUAAGGAUAAAGGAACAUCUUCAAAUGGUUGGGAUGCUCUUGAGAGAGAAAGCACUAAUCCAGAGAGACCUGGAGAUCUCAAAGAAUCAUUUGAUGUGGGUGCAGUCUAUGAUGAAAACUUUAACUGGCCCGACAAAGAUGUCCCAAUUUUCCAGAGAACUAUUACUCCUAUGUAUGAGUCCCUUAUGGCUCUUAGUAAAAGAGUGCUGUCUCUAAUGGCUAUAGGCCUAAAAAUGGAGCCCAACAAAUUUGCCUAUGCAUUUGAGAAUAUGGGUACAUCCUCUGGUGGCACUCAGCUCAGAUACAACUACUACCCAAUGAUAGCAGACAUCAGGAAAGUGAAGCCAGGCCAGAUACGCUGUGGGGAACAUACUGAUUAUGGUGGCAUUACAUUGCUGAUUCAGGAUGAUGUGGGUGGACUUGAGGUUUCAAACAUUAAAUAUGAUGGGCGAUUUGUUCCUGCUACACCCAUGAAAGGAACAGUACUAGUAAAUAUUGGUGAUUUGAUGCAAAGAUGGACAAGUGACACACUUAAAUCUACGGUUCACCGAGUACUAAUACCUGAAGUAGAAAUCAAGCGGCGUGUUCCUCGUCGGUCAUUGGUGUUUUUUGUUGAUCCAGAUCCGUCUUCACUAAUAAGUUGUUUAGAUGGCUCAAGCAAAUAUCCACCGAUUACAGCUGGAGAAUGGAUCAAGGGAAAACUCUCUGCCACAUAUAGUUAUUGAAAGUGAGGCAAGUGAACCUAAACUUCACAAACAUGCCAAUGCAAUUGGAAUUUUAACUACUGGAUUACGUUUAUCUUUAUCUCAGUGAAGAAUACAUUUUUAAUGCUAACAUAUUGAUAGGGUUUUUUUCCAUUAAUUUACGAGAAAAAUCUGGGUCUCUUUUUUUUGAUAAUUCUCAUGGUGCUCAAUGAUUGGUUUAGAGAGAACUUAUGUCACCUUGACCAAUGAAUUUAACCAUGGUUGCUCGCGUUUUCUCGCACUUAAGACAAUUUGGUUGUUUUUUUACGUUUCAUUUUUAUUGGCUCCUUCUGAUGUUUUUUUUUGUUUUUUUUUUUCUGGUUGGCCGAUGUAGUUAUCUUGGUUUAACGUUCUAUCAAAAUUCUUUGCUGUGUGUUUGUUCAGUAACAGAUCACAGAUGAUGUCAAAAUGUGGUGAGAACAAAAAAGCGGCACUUGGGGCGCAGCCGAGUGUGUCACUGAUGUUCUUACCACAUUUUGACAUCUUGUGCGGUCUGUACUGUACAUACCCACGGGAACAUGGAAUCUAUUUGUUUUGAAUGAUAACAAAGCAACCAUUUGUUGCAGUGUUAUAGAUCGUAGGCGAAAAUUACAGAUCAAAAUGCGUGAAUAAUUAUUCUUAUUACUUAAAGAGAAGUUAGAAAUGACCAAUAUAACUUUACAAUACUUUAUUUAUUUUAUUGGAUAUAUAAGUUAUACACCCAUCAUGACGAAACGAUGACAAUGAUAGUCAAUAAUAAUGACGUCAUUAUGUGGUAUAAAUAAAACUUAG